AUGCUUUAUGAUAAAAUCACCGACCUAUUUUACUCUGCAGUCAACCCUUCCCCUAAUCAUGAUGGAACCUCAGAAAACGAGACAGGAUGGAUAGAAGGUGCUGCCAUACUAGUGGCUGUCGUUGUUGUGGUGGUCGUGGUAGCAGUCAAUGACUGGCAAAAGGAAAAACAAUUCCGUGGACUUCAGAGUCGCAUAGAGGCUGAACAGAAGUUUACUGUCCUGCGUGAUGGAAUAAUUAAGGAAAUUUCCAUAGCUGAUAUUGUGGUUGGUGACCUCUGCCUUGUUAAAUAUGGAGACCUUUUACCCGCUGACGGGGUGGUGAUCCAAUCCACUGACCUGAAAAUUGACGAGAGUUCCCUCACUGGCGAAUCAGAUCACGUGAGAAAGAGCACAACGUUGGAUCCAACACUGCUCUCGGGAACCCACGUAAUGGAGGGUUCGGGCCGGAUGCUGGUAACCGCGGUGGGAAAAAACUCGCAAGCAGGAAUAAUCUACUCCCUCCUCAAUAAUAUGCACGGCGAUCUUCCAGAAACAACUCUCCAGCUAAAUUCUAUCAGCAACACCAAAGGCACGUUGGAUACAAUAGUAGAGAAGGGCGCAGAGGACGCUUCAAAGGGUAAAAUUUAUCUUUUGCUCUCUAACAGAGGUAACUGUUUCGUUGCAGGAUAUGAAGAAUGUUUGCCUACAGCAGUAGAAAUUACGAAGCCCAAGGAGAACAAGUCCAAACUACGGACUCGUGAGAUGUCCGUCCUGCAGUUGAAGUUGACCAAACUCGCCAUUCAAAUAGGCUACGUUGGCACAGUUUUGGCGGUGGCUACAGUAAUGAUUUUAAUAAUCAAAUUCUGCAUAAUCGAGUUUGGCCACAAGAAAGAAGCCUGGAAUACGGGCAGACAUCUGAAGCAUUUCAUCCACUUCUUCAUAAUCGGCGUCACGAUUCUUGUGGUUGCUGUGCCUGAAGGUCUUCCAUUGGCAGUUACUCUCUCUCUCGCCUAUUCGGUCAAGAAAAUGAUGAAAGAUAAUAAUCUGGUUCGUCAUUUGGAUGCCUGUGAGACAAUGGGGAACGCGACAGCCAUAUGUUCAGACAAGACGGGAACCCUAACCACCAAUCGCAUGACGGUCAUAGAAGCCCAUUUUGUGGAUCGGAUUAUCUCACUGCACGAACUGGAACAUCUGAAGCAGUCCGAUGUUGAGGGUCUUGUGAAUGAGAGCGUCCUGCGUAAGCUCGAACUCGCCAUCGCUGUCAAUUCCUCGUACACGUCUCGGCUACUGCCAUCGAAAACCCCGGGUGACAUGCCAACUCAAAUUGGGAAUAAAACAGAGUGCGCACUAUUGGGCCUGCUUUACCGCUUGGGUCGUGACUACGAGGAUUUGCGACAACGUCAUCCCGAGUCGGAGUUCGUCAAAGUCUACACCUUCUCCUCGGCGCGUCGUUCCAUGUCCACCAUCAUUCACGCACCUGAGGAGGAAUCGGCAGCGGAAAAAAGUGCCACCACCAAACUUCUUCUUCUUACGAAGGGCGCUGCUGAGAUGAUCAUUUCGAAGUGCACAUCGCAAAUAACUAGUGAAGGAAAAGUAGCUUUCUUUGAUGAGGAAAAUCGAGCAGCCAUUGUUUCCUCUGCCGUGGAACCUAUGGCUCGAAAGGGACUACGAACAAUAGCUCUUGCCUACCGGGAGUUGAUAACAGCCCGCGGCCGCAGCUUGAACUUUGAUAACGAGGAACUGUGGCUAAAGGACCUUGUGCUGCUCUGCGUGGUGGGCAUCGAGGACCCGGUGCGACCCGAGGUCCCACUAGCCAUCGCCAAAUGUCAACACGCCGGCAUCACAGUGCGUAUGGUGACCGGAGACAAUGUGGAGACGGCGCGCUCUAUUGCCCUCAAAUGCGGCAUCCUCACCGAGGCCAGUGGUCAUGCCGAUGGCGUGGUGAUGGAUGGUCGUGAGUUCAACAGACGCAUUCGUCUCCCAGCCACGGGUCAGGUCUCACAAGAGUGCUUCGACAAGGUUUGGCCACGUCUGCGAGUUCUGGCCAGGUCAACACCGCAGGACAAGUACAUUCUCGUGAACGGUAUCAUUGGUAGCCACCUUCGACCCAAUCGGGAAGUGGUAGCGGUCACCGGUGACGGUACUAAUGAUGGACCUGCAUUAAAAAGAGCCGACGUCGGCUUUGCCAUGGGUCUGGCAGGCACCGACGUUGCCAAGGAGGCUUCAGACAUCAUCCUCACCGAUGACAACUUCAGCAGCAUUGUAAAGGCCGUCAUGUGGGGCCGCAAUGUCUACGAUUCCAUUGCAAAGUUCCUGCAGUUUCAGCUUACUGUCAAUGUGGUUGCUGUGAUUGUUGCCUUCUCUGGCGCUUGUAUCAUCACCGACAGCCCUCUGAAAGCAGUACAAAUGUUGUGGGUGAACCUGAUCAUGGACACUCUUGCGUCUUUGGCACUGGCGACGGAAUUGCCAACAGAGGAUCUGCUAGAACGAGCUCCUUAUGGUAGGACGAAGCCUCUAAUCAGUCGAUCAAUGAUGAAAUUCAUCAUUGGGCAGGCGUUUUACCAAAUUGUGGUUAUAUUCACUCUCCUUUGGGCAGGUGAGUAUAUAUUAAACGUGGACAACGCUCAGGUACUAUCAGAAAACGGUAUGAGGGGACCGACUCGACACUUUACAGCAAUAUUUAACACCUUUGUGAUGAUGACUCUUUUCAACGAGAUCAAUGCUCGAAAAGUUCACGGUCAGCGAAACGCUUUUUCGGGGGUGGGAAAAAAUCUCCUCUUCUCAGGCAUCUGGUUGGCCACUUUCGUUGGUCAGAUAAUAAUCGUUCAAUUCGGUGGGGUCCCACUGAGCACAAUGCCUCUGGACGUCGAACAGUGGAUGUGGUGCAUAUUCUUCGGCAUAGGGACUCUCCUCUGGGGACAGGUGUUGAUUUCCAUCCCUUCUUGGGUGGUUCCACGACUUUCGACAAUCUGCUUCUGGACCAAACGGGGUCGUCAACGACGCAUAAGAAAGCGUCGCAACACCACAGUCUCCACCGACGAGACGCCCGCAGCUCCAGCAAUGACCCUCGUUGAUCUAGAAGAUGCCUUCCCAACCACAGAUUCCCUGCGUGGUAAAGCUCCCAGUUUUGUGGCAAAUUCAUUGGAAUAUGUAAAACAAGCUGUUGAGAAUGGAACUGAUGACACGAUCCCAUCAGAGUCAAUUGAAUUAGAGGAAGUAGACGAUGAUGAGGAUGAAGAAGACGAGGAAGAACCCGAUGAACUUCGUCAGGGACAGGUGCUCUGGAUUCGGGGACUUUCUCGUCUUCAAACUCAGAAUUUUAGCGCCCUCCAGUUGGACAGACACAGCGAGGUUCGUGAGUCAGUACGUGACUUCACUCGCAGACGAAUUUAUAGCCUCGGAUGCAACAAUUCUAUUCUAAAUCUGGCUCGCAGCUCAUUGCAGCUUCGACGACCUGUUAGUCAACCGGAGGAGUUAAAUGAUAACUCCGCUCAUUACAGGCAAAAUAACAGUAGAAAAAACAACAGUUGCCGUCAAAAGCACCACCCGAUCGAUCAUUUCAGCCAAGACUGUCUCAAGGAUGAAUAA